CUUUCCUCUAUGCUAUCUAUUACUGCAAAUAUUAUAAACAAAAUGCCAGUUUUUGCACCAAAGAAACUCAUUUGUCCAAUUACUUUUCUUCUCUUACUAACAAUUCAGCGGUCACAAGCAGUUCUCAAUGACCAUUAUUAUGACGAAACAUGUCCACAAGCUGAGAAAAUCAUCUUGGAUACAGUUCGUAAUGCUUCAAUGCAUGACCCUAAAGUCCCAGCUCGGAUUCUCAGGAUGUUCUUUCACGACUGCUUCAUAAGGGGAUGCGACGCGUCAUUGUUGCUAGACUCGACUCCAGAAAACAAGGCUGAGAAAGAUGGACCUCCCAACAUCUCAGUUCGAUCAUUUUACGUGAUUGAUGACGCGAAGGUUAAGCUUGAAAUGGCUUGUCCACAUACUGUUUCCUGUGCGGAUAUAAUCGCCGUUGCAGCAAGAGAUGUCGUAACAAUGUCCGGAGGCCCUUACUGGAAUGUUCUAAAAGGAAGGAAAGACGGGAGAGUGUCCAAAGCGGCGGAAACCAUUAACUUACCAGCUCCAACUUUCAAUGUUUCCCAACUNUAUAUAUGA